AUUAUCUUGGGCGAUCACCUAAUAGGUAGUCACACAGCUCGUCGGUGAGCAGUCAUAGGAACAAACCGGUGUGCAUUCUGCAUAUAAGGAGAAAAGCAGCCGCUUCUUUGAAAUUCUCCUGUCUUUUUUAGCCAAUGUGUGACCUCCUUACUUGCUUUACCUCACUUCUAUAUUUACUCUUUGUUGUUGCUUCGCACGAUUGCACCCUUCUGGACCUCCAAGGACAGGCUAUAUCUGCUGCAAAUACAUUUCGAUAAACAAAGCACCUUUGCUCGAAACAUACACGGGCACGCCGAAACCAACUACGUCCACACUUCCGCUUCUCUCUACUUCGCUUGCGAUACACCUAAGCUCGAAUAUUUCAUCUCCCAAAUAUUGAAAAAAAAACAUCAACCAUGGGUAUCUGUGCAUCCAAAGACGAUAAGACGAGCGCUACUCCUGGCCAAACUGGAAGAACCGGCACCACGGUUCCCCGCGAGAAAAAACCAGUGACCACUGCCGGCGAUUCCCCACUUUCCGGCCUGAAAAAGGCGUCAGUUGGCUCUCUGCAGCCACAUACCGUAAGCAGUACCGCUGGUAGCGGCAUUUCUCCUUCUGCGAACGGGACGACUGAUGCCAAGGACCCGCACGCCAUUUCUGGAUCCCCUAAUGACACCCACAACGACAAUACCCAAUCCCCACAUGACAAUUCCCUCGCUAACGGCACUGCUGGCUCAACUGCUCCGAAGAAAGAGAUCAAGAUCUUGUUGUUGGGUUCCGGGGAAUCGGGAAAGUCCACUAUCAUCAAGCAGAUGAAGAUUUUGCACCAGAACGGGUUCAGCGACGAAGAAAAGGCCGACUAUAAAACCUUUGUGUUUAGAAACAUCGUGGAGUGCGUGCGAAACCUUAUCAGUGGUGUGCGCGACAUCAAACCGGAAUUGAUUGCCCCUGGUGGCAAGAUUGAAGAGGUUGGUGAAGAAAAGGCUAGCGAUCCUGCAAUUCCGAGCUCCUUGACGAACGUCAUUUACAACGACGAUAUCGAACAAAUCUUGGCCUACGAGCCUCCGGUGGAUCCAUCGCUGCCGUUUGACUCUAAGGUUGCAGACAAGAUCCUUGCCUUCUUCAAAAACAGCAACAUUCAGACGUUCAUCACACAAUACAGAUCGGCAUUCUACUUACCAGACUCUACAAACUACUUCCUUGACUCCUUGCCCCGCAUUUCCGCCCCUGACUACGUUCCGGACGUGACCGAUAUUUUGCGUACCCGUAAGAAGACCUCUGGUAUCUACGACACCAAGUUUCAGAUGGGCGGUGGCUUGGAUAUCCACAUGUACGACGUCGGUGGACAGAGGUCCGAGCGCAAAAAGUGGAUCCAUUGCUUCGAUGAUGUCACCUUGAUCAUUUUCUGUGUGGCUUUGUCCGAGUACGACCAGGUCUUGUUGGAGGAAAACUCCCAGAACCGCUUGGAAGAGUCAUUGAUCUUGUUUGACUCGGUUAUUAACUCCCGUUGGUUCUUGAGAACAUCUGUGGUGCUAUUCUUGAACAAGAUCGACGUGUUUGCCGAGAAGUUGCCCCACUCGCCCAUGGAGAAUUUCUUCCCUGAUUACUCUGGCGGUAACGAUAUCAACAAAGCUGCGAAGUACAUUUUGUGGAGGUUCAACCAGGCAAACAGAUCCGGCUUGAACAUCUAUCCGCACGUCACCCAGGCCACCGAUACCAGUAACAUCGAAUUGGUGUUCGCUGCGGUGAGGGAAACGAUUUUACAAAACUCCUUAAAGGACAGUGGAAUUUUAUAAUGAAGAGCAUACGGAAGUGAGUUUCAUUAACAUGUGAUUCGUCGGGUGCUUGUUUAUUGUUUCGCCGGCUAGUGGCUGACGAGACCCGUGCGAAUUGAGCGUGAAUAUUUAAUAUAUGUUAAAAAGUUUGAGAAGGUUACGAAAUAGGUUUCUUGGCCAAAGAGAUUCCUUGGUCAAAUAGAUAGGUCUCACCGAUUAAAAUUCGGUUUUCUUUAUAUAUCAAACUAUAGGUAGAAUGCUAUUGUUGGUUGAAUGAAAUCUCAAACAGUUGAAGAUCGAUCCCAAACUUUGGAGAAGCGAUUAUACUGAUAUCCAUAGGCCGGCUUUCUCGGCCUAAGCUUUGCCUAAGUUUUAUCUAAGCUUGUCUGCCUAA